AAGUCAAUUUCAGGGGUCGCCAAUCUCUAGGCAUCGGUCAAUCAAAGUUCUUUCUUUAAUCUUAGUUUGUAUCUUCUUCUCCUCUCCUCUCACUGGCUGAUUGGGUAGAUGGUCAUGGUUGCUUCUUUGUGUGAACCGCCCAUUUUUAAAACCCUUAAAUGAUCUUCUCCUUCUUCUCCAUCUUCUUCGUUUCUCUCCCGGUCCCCACGCACCAACUAUUGAAAACCGGAAACUUCUCAUCUUCCUCGCAUCUUCUCCCCAAUAUUAGAAUGGAGAAAGUCAUUCAGACCCCUCCCUUUCUUUUCUGUCUUUCCUUCAUGAGUCUCAAGAGACAUCUCUGAUCCCAUAAGUUUUGCUUAGAGAUCAGAGAGAGAGAGAGAGAGAGAGAGAGAGACAGAGACAGAGAGAGAGAUGGAGAAUUCAAUGGGAGCGGGGUUGUUGGCGGUCUGUGCAGUCUCAGGAAGCGUAGCCCUCAUUGCCCUUCAAGUCCAGAAGCGCUUGCUCUCUGAUUUCAUGAAGAAGCUUGAGUUUGAACUUCAGGGAUUAGGAUCAUCGGAGAAGUGCGAGACCAGAAAGAAGGUCCGGUUCGCGGAGGAUGUGAUCGAGCCGUUGUCGGACAACAGAGAGUACAGGCGAUCGAAAUGCCUAGCCAAGACUGCUCGGAGUUUCGACAUGCCGAUGAACCGGCAGGUUCUGUAUAAAGGGCUCGCCCAGGAUAGGAUGCACAGGGGCUGCAAUGCAUUGUAACAUACCUAGCUGUUCUUCUGCUUUAGUUUCGAGGAUUUGGGGGUCUCUGUUCCUUUUCUCUUUCGGGUGUAUAAACUGUAAAUAGAAUCUCGGGCUUUCUGUGGCCUGAAGCAAAACUGCUUCAGCAUCUGUCAAGGAAAGAAAAAGUGUAGAUUUCUGUAGUUCCUUGGCGAUGGGGGUUUGUGCGUUGACUUGUUAUGUCAAGAAUGUGUUGCGCCUGAUCUACAUGGAAAUGGAGGCAAUUGAAAAAAGAAUGCGACAAAAAUUAAAAAAAAGAAGAAAG